AUGGCUUCCUUCGACUUUUUCCUCGAUAAUAACUAUAGCUCCGAGUCGCCUUCUUCUUUCGGCGAGAGUGACUCUUGUUAUGAAGAGUCUACCGCUUCCACCACGGAUACCAGCGAUCUUGAGGACGGCGACGGAAAUACUGCCAAUGCCAACACCGGCAGUCAUACAGGCCAGCUGUUCGGUGGAAACAUUCACCCGCUAGAAUACUACAAGCGCGCGCUGGCGUCAUUUGAUGAAGCGACUAUACCAAGCCGCCUUUCUGCGCCUAAGUCCUCGAGAAGAAGUCGCAGGAGUGUUUUAAACAUAAGAAGUAUGGGAAGAAGGCUUGACCCGGAAAUGAUCGACAAGAUGCAAGGCUGUCUGAUGAGGUUGUCGGCUGAGCACGGUCUGAGCCGCCAGAGAAGAAGGAAUCGCUGCAUGACGAUUCAAAACCUCCAAGAUCAGAUCUUGACAACCUUAAGCACGACCAAAAAGUCAUUUCAUCUCGGCGAAAUUCGCAUUCUGGCCGUCCUCUUUCUCAUCAUGAUGGCCCCGACGGGUGCUCGUCCGACGUCCAUCCUGAAGCUGCGCUUCGGAGACAUCCAAGUACUGCGUGCAAGAGACCCGGACGGUGGUCCGCACAGAAAUAUCAUCAAGUUCACAACGGAGUUUACCAAGGGCUACCUUGGGGCCAAGGACGCGACCACCACGUACAUUCCAGAGACUUUUUUCGACUCGUCCCUGUCUCUUAGCAUGCACGUAUAUCUACUAGGCAUCCUCUUUCGUCACCGGGCGUUUCGUGUGCGGAACCUCAAUUCACCUCGACAACUGAACAAGCUGGAAAUCUACUCUGGCGAGCUAGAGUUGCCCAUACCUUUACAGCCUGAGCUGCACGAUGUGUGCAUAUUUCGACGACCUUUUAAAACCUUGACCGGAUAUGAGCUGUCUCCCAAGAAGCCCAUCACUUACGCCAUGAUAGCGGCCUGGACCAAACAGAUCGGAGAGAUCAUGGGCCUCGAAAUAGGCACGAUCCCGUACAAUCUCCGGUAUAACGCGGGGAACGAAUUUAAUCAGAGCAAUGAGGUCAGCGAUGCGCUGCGAAACUUGAUGCUCGGUCAUGCCAACUCGGACCCCUUCCAGAGACACUACCUGGGACGUGAGAUCUCUGCAGAUCCAAUGGCCAUCAUCCGUGGUCUCAGGCCACAGCAGGCUUUGAUGAAGCAGUCCUACAGCAUUGGUCAUUCGAUCAGCCAGCGGCGGCCGUUGGGACUAACCAGGGCGCAAUCCUUAUCCGUCUGCACCAAUCUCGAGGUGGCACAGCUGAAGAAAAAUCUCGAGAACCUGCCGCAGGGGUCAAUAGAGCACAUAAAUGUGAGGCGCCGGCUGCGGAACUUGACACAAUCACUCCAGAGGGGCCUGAAACAGAAGAUCAGGGCCGGGUGGACGAACGACCAGGCUAUAGAGGACAUUGAACGCCAGCUGCGAGGCGAUCCAUUCGCCGACACUCCAGCGGGUGACGACAUCCGUCGUCAGCUCCCAGCACAGCAGCGUCUCAUCGCGGCGAUCACGGCUCCGGCAUCCACCACGAUCGAAGGCGAGUGCCAGCGCAGGGACCGCGCUAUUGAGGCUGUCAUUGCAUACUGCGCCUUGCAGGAGGGUCCGACUGUUCGUUCCGGCACUUUGACCAUCCGCAAGAUUCCGCACUCCAAGGCCACUCGUGAUCAACCCGAGGAUAGUCCCGCGGUCCAGGCCGCCAAGUCCGUCAUUGCCACGGAGGAAAAUAAGCGGCCCAGGAAGUGUUUUCUUUGCGUCGGCGCCGCACUCUCCUUAGAGCCAGACGAUCCUUCCAUAGAGGAACUAAUCCGCGAGUUUCACAGUCCUACUGACCUAUCCAAACAUUUUCAAAGGAGGCAUCUAAAACUCCUGCUCACGGAGAAACUUGAGUGCCUGAUUUGUCAACAGUCACUGUCUGACAAAACCCAUUUGCAAAAUCACGCUCUCAAGGUCCACGGAACACUAUCCAAACCUUGA